CUUUCCUAUCCACUCGUAAACAAUUUAAGCAUAGCCGAUCCUUCCUUGUUGUCAAUUUGGAUGAGAUUGAUUCUUUCGCUUGCGCCAAAUUGAAACGCGAAACCAUCUGUGAAAGAUGGCCUCAUCAAAGUCAACGUCGAUUUGGACACGGAAGCGAGAUCUCGUGUAUCUUGGAUUCUUCUUCACACAUGUUCCUAUCAUGUUAAUGGUCGACAUAGUUCCAUUUUACCCCGAAGCCAUCAGAUCUGAUGUACUGGUCAACAUUCGCCAAUUCUACAUUGAGACAUUCCGCGACAAAUUCUUCGAGACUCCACCUAACUGGUUCAUGUUCUUCCUUGCCAUGGAACUUGUGUACCAUUUGCCUCUCAGCAUCUGGGCUGUUGGUGCUUUGAUCAGAAAGGACCCUCUUGUUCCAGUUCACCUUCUCAUCUGGGCUGUGCAAUCCUUCAUCACGACGAUGACGUCUCUAGUCGAUGUGUGGUCUUGGACCGAUCGCACGACGGAUGAGAAGUAUAAUAUCACGACGCUGUAUGGGCCUUAUGCUCUUCUGGCUGCAUUUAUGGGUUUCGAUAUGUUCUUGAGGUUGCGCAGUCUGUUGGUGGGGAAGAUCAAGAACGCGUAGGGGAACUAUCAUAGAUGCUAAACACAGCGAGGCCAAAGUUGUGCUUGGAGGAUAUAAUACGAAAAUAAUAGUCUCAGACUGUUCCAAUGCUUAAUGUUCUUUAUUCUUUUCCGCGAUGCUAAUUCUCCAGUUCACUAUGCCUCACCCCAUCCGGGGAUAAGUGGUCUGUGCCCAGUUUCCCCAUAGGUAUGAUUUCGAGACUCGACUGUAAUGGAUGACGUAUAUGGCGAAUAUCUGGAGAACUGAGGCUCUUUGCCUGCAUUUUAGGAGGGAUAUAUCUUGAAGGGUGCUAAUUAUUUGAAGUAAACCCACGCUAGGAUUAUAAUCAGGCAGAGCAACGUUAAUCUCGAGACUACUCGAUGGGAAAGUUAAGCAGGUUGAACUGCCAAUCACUUGGCCUGC